CACCGUGGGGGACCCGCCGCGCCAUGGCAGGGAAAGCCCACCGACUGAGCACGGAGGAGAGGGAGCAGCUGCUCCCCAACCUGCGCGCCGUGGGCUGGAACGAGGUGGAAGGGCGAGACGCCAUCUACAAGGAGUUCCACUUCAAGGACUUCAAUCGGGCCUUCGGCUUCAUGACCCGCGUGGCUCUGCAGGCAGAGAAGCUGGACCACCACCCCGAGUGGUUCAACGUGUACAAUAAGGUUCACAUCACCUUGAGCACCCAUGAAUGCGCUGGCUUGUCUGAGCGAGACAUCAAUUUGGCCAGUUUCAUAGAGCAGGUCGCAGCAUCUCUAUCCUGACCGGAGAGGAACACAUAAAGGCCCA